AUGGCUUCAGACAAAAAUGUAGAUCAAGGGGAUCAAACUAUUGUGUCGGAAUUUUGUCAUCUUUUGGAAAAGUCAAAACAAUUAUUUAACGGAUUGCGUGACUUACCUCAACAUGGUCAUAGACAAUGGAAAGUUUAUUUUGGCCGUACAUUCGAUGUAUACACAAAGUUAUGGAAAUUUCAACAACAACAUAGACAAAAAUUAGACGAAUUAUAUGGACUUAAACGAUGGCAAAUCGGUGAGGUUGCCUCUAAAAUUGGACAGUUAUACCAUCACUAUUAUUUACGCACAAGUGACCUGCACUUUCUAAAUGAAUCAUUUGCCUUCUUCUCAGCAAUUCGAACUCGUGAUUAUUACUCGAAAGCUAACAAAGAAGAAAAACCUGAUCUAAUGAUUAAGAAACUGCGUUAUUAUGCUCGUUUUAUAUUAGUGUGUUUUCUUCUGGGAAAAAUGAAAUUGGCAAAUGAAUUAAUAAAAGAGUUUUCCAAACAAGUUAACGAGUAUAUUGAUAUUUAUGAUGCUGAUGAUCAUUUGGGAUGGGUUACAGUGAUACAAGAAAUGAAAGAUUUUGUGGAUGGUGAUUCGAUUUGUGAAAUUAUAGACUGUGAUACACCACAAAUUUACACAUCAAAACGAUUAAAUGCUAUGAAUACUCCACAAAUAGAUAGACAUGAACAUGGUCAUUUGCAGUUAUCCGAAGUACUCAUCAUCGGGAAUUGCUAUGAUCAAAUUCGUUUUAGUGAGUUAUCAUUGGAUAUGUAUCGUAUGCUACAAACAUUUGAACGUGAUCCUAGAGGUCAAGUUUUGAAUAGUUGCAAUUCCAGACUUAAUGUGGCAGAUAGUUUGGAAAAUGGUGUUUCUGCAAGUUAUCCUCUUGAUGUGUCUGAAGUGACAAAUCCUCAUAAGUAUUUAUUAUACAAACCUACAUUUUCACAAUUCAAUUCAUAUGUUGCUACAGCAUUCAAAGACCUUCCUGCUUCCGGUGCACUAUUAUUAUACAUUUCAGCGGACGGUGUUCGAGCUCCCACUGUUAAAACUAAUAAUGAAUCGAAUGUAGGAGCAGCUGGUUACGAUUAUGGAGGAGUUGUUACAAACAAUCGACAUGAACAAGAAUACAGUAUUAAACCGAAAAGAUCUGAUUUCAAAGAACCUCAUUGUAUUCAUCCUGGUGAUCUUCUACUCUAUACACGUAAACCUCUAUUUGUCAUUGUUGACAGUGAUAAUAGUACAACAUUUCGAAAUAUUCCAAAUCUCUUUGGACAACCUUUCGUAUGUCUUCUUUCACCUAAAGUUAUCCCGGAAAAAUUAGAAAGUCAACGACAUCGAGGAAAUCUAUUCACAUUAUUCUUACAUUGUCCAUUAACUGCAUUUUGUUUAACGUGUAAUUUGUCUAAAAUUACCUUAAAAACAUGGGAUCGAGCACAAAGUAUCAUAGAUUCUUUCUUGUCUGAAUGUUAUCAAGUUCUGAUACAUUCACGAAGUUUAGAUUAUUCUUAUCAUCAAUUUCUUUCGGAUGAUUUCCUACGAACAAUAAUACUACGAUAUUGUUUCUGUAAUAUUGUUUUACAACUUCAUCGAAGCUUUCAUGGACCAUCUUUUUAUCCAUCCUGUUCUCCUUCACUUCCAUUAUCUGAAUUAAUUGAUUGUCGUAUAUUGCAUAAAUUAAUUACAGAGUUAGCAUCACUUUUUGAUUGUCGAACUCUUUUUGCUACUGCAGAUGACUACACCAAAGAUUGA